CUCCCAGGCACCUCCUCUGCCGGGUGCGUUUGAAACUCCGGGAAAGGUGCGCGUGAGGCCGGCGGCGCCCGCGGAGUUCAUGGCAGCUUCCGGGAAAGUCAGCGCUCUUCGUCUCCCGCCGUUGCCUACCAUUCGAGAAAUCAUUAAGUUGUUCAGACUACAAGCAGUGAAGCAGCUGUCCCAGAAUUUUCUCCUGGACUUGAGGCUGACAGAUAAAAUUGUAAGGAAAGCUGGAAAUCUGACAAAUGCUUAUGUUUAUGAAGUGGGCCCUGGACCAGGAGGAAUCACAAGAUCCAUUCUCAAUGCCAAUGUUGCUGAACUUCUGGUGGUUGAAAAGGACACUCGAUUUAUUCCUGGAUUACAGAUGCUUUCUGAUGCAGCACCUGGAAAACUGAAAAUUGUUCAUGGAGAUGUGUUGACGUUUAUGAUAGAAAAGUCUUUUCCAGCAAGUCUUAAAACACCCUGGGAGGAUGAUCCUCCAAAUGUACAUAUUAUUGGAAAUCUGCCUUUUAGUGUUUCAACUCCACUGAUUAUCAAGUGGCUUGAAAACAUUUCUAAUAGAAACGGACCUUUUGCUUAUGGCAGAACUCAGAUGACUUUGACUUUUCAAAAGGAAGUGGCUGAGAGACUUGUAGCCACUACAGGAAGCAAACAGCGCAGUCGCCUUUCAGUUAUGGCCCAGUACCUCUGCAACGUUAAACACAUCUUUACCAUUCCAGGUCAAGCUUUUGUUCCCAAACCAGAGGUGGACGUGGGAGUGGUGCACUUCACACCCCUGAUACAACCCAAAAUAGAACAGCCAUUCAAGCUGGUGGAAAAAGUCGUUCAGAAUGUGUUUCAGUUCCGAAGGAAAUAUUGCCACCGAGGGCUGGGCAUGUUAUUCCCUGAAGCUCGGCGCCUAGAAAGUACGGGGAAGCUGUUAGAGUUGGCGGACAUAGAUCCCACUCUUCGGCCCACCCAGCUCUCCAUAUUGCACUUUAGGAGCCUCUGUGACAUAUACAGAAAAAUGUGUGAUGAAGACCAACAGCUUUUUGGUUAUAACUUCAGAGAAGAGCUCAAGCAAAGAAGAGACAAACAGAAAAAAGAGGAGAAAGAGAGUUACGGACUCGAGAUGCCACUUUAGGGGCUUGCAGCCUGACAGAUUGAUUCCACAGUGUGGAGCUGCUUCUGUGUGUGCUUAUCUUUGCAGAAUGACAAUAAAAUACCAAUGACCAGA